AACACGGAGCGGUUGGGUUCGUUCCUGCUAUUCCGGCGCCUCCACUCCCUUCCCGACGGGUCUCCUCCGUGUGCAAUGGACGGCAUUGUCCAAGAUAUAACAGUUGGUACAAAGCGGGGAUCUGACGAGCUUUUCUCUGCUUGUGUUACUAACGGACCCUUUAUCAUGAGCAGCAACUCUUCUUCUGCAGCUAAUGGAAACGACAGCAAAAAAUUCAAAGGCGAUAGUAGAAGUGCCGGGGUCCCAUCCCGAGUGAUCCACGUCCGUAAGCUCCCCAGUGAUGUCACGGAGGCAGAGGUCAUUUCCUUGGGCUUACCUUUUGGCAAGGUCACCAAUCUUCUGAUGUUGAAAGGAAAAAAUCAGGCUUUCAUCGAAAUGAGUACAGAGGAGGCAGCCAACACCAUGGUAAACUACUACACCACAGUCACUCCAGUCCUUCGAAGCCAGCCCAUCUAUAUUCAGUUCUCCAACCACAAGGAGCUGAAGACAGACAACUCUCUAAACCAAGCACGUGCCCAAGCAGCUCUGCAAGCAGUGAACUCAGUUCAGUCUGGAAACCUGGCGCUGUCGGCCUCGGCUGCCGCAGUAGAUGCAGGAAUGGCGAUGGCUGGCCAGAGCCCUGUCCUCAGGAUCAUUAUUGAGAAUCUCUUCUAUCCUGUCACUCUAGAUGUUCUGCAUCAGAUUUUUUCCAAGUUUGGUACAGUCUUGAAAAUAAUUACAUUCACAAAGAACAACCAAUUCCAGGCCCUGUUACAAUAUGCUGACCCAGUGAGCGCUCAGCAUGCCAAACUGUCUUUAGAUGGACAGAAUAUCUACAAUGCCUGCUGUACACUGCGCAUAGAUUUCUCCAAGCUCACGAGUCUCAAUGUCAAAUACAACAAUGAUAAGAGCAGAGAUUAUACCCGACCAGACCUGCCUUCUGGGGAUAACCAGCCCUCUCUUGAUCAGACCAUGGCAGCUGCUUUUGGUGCCCCAGGAAUAAUCUCUCCUUCUCCAUAUGCAGGAGCUGGCUUUCCUCCUACCUUUGCAAUUCCUCAGGCUGCAGGUACUGUAUUUCGCCUGACAGUUCCAAAUGUUCAUGGAGCACUAGCUCCUUUGGCUAUCCCAUCAGCAGCAGCUGCAGCGGCUGCAGCGGGCCGGAUUGCCAUUCCCGGCCUCCCUGGGGCAGGGAACUCAGUUCUGCUCAUUAGCAAUCUGAACCCAGAGAGAGCUACACCCCAAUGCCUCUUUAUUCUUUUCGGAGUCUAUGGUGAUGUGCAGAGGGUGAAGAUUUUAUUCAAUAAGAAAGAGAAUGCCCUAGUUCAGAUGGCUGAUGGAAACCAGGCCCAGCUUGCCAUGAGCCAUUUAAAUGGUCAGAAGCUUCACGGGAAGCCAAUCCGCAUAACACUGUCCAAACACCAGACAGUGCAACUUCCCCGUGCGGGCCAGGAGGACCGAGGGCUGACCAAGGACUAUGGCAAUUCUCCUCUACAUCGCUUCAAGAAACCAGGCUCCAAAAAUUUCCAGAACAUCUUCCCCCCAUCUGCCACUCUUCACCUGUCCAACAUUCCACCUUCAAUAACUGAAGAAGACCUGAAGAUGUUAUUUUCAAGCAAUGGUGGGAUGGUCAAAGGAUUCAAAUUCUUCCAGAAGGACCGGAAAAUGGCUCUGAUCCAGAUGGGCUCUGUGGAAGAAGCCAUUCAAUCACUCAUCGAGCUCCACAAUCAUGACCUGGGUGAGAGCCACCACCUCCGUGUGUCCUUCUCCAAAUCCACCAUUUAAAGCUUUUGGAAGGUGUGAGAUGAUAGAAACAAACAACAACAAAUGGACUUGACUUAAAAACCACAAAACACCUCUGGUGUUCAGCCUUGGCCUUACAAAGCUGAACAUCAGGGUUUCAACUUCCAUCAUUCCAGAGAGAGAGAGAAAAAAAAGCCACUUUAAAAAUGCAGCUGAAGUGACCUUAAAAGACCAGAGAUUUUAUUUUUUUAAAGAGAAAAAAGAAUCAGUUUACCAGUUUUUAAAAAAAGAAAAGAAAAGAAAAAGAGAUCUAAUUCCUUACUUGCUGAAACCUUGUGGUGAUGGGUAACAAACAAUCCUGACUGUUCCAUAGCAAAUCACAGCUUUCAAGUUUACACUUUGGAAACCUGCUCUGGGAAGUUCCCCUCCCUUUCCUGCUCCUCCCUCCCCAAAAGCAGAUCCUAGAACAAGUGUGAUCAGGUUUCACGUUGAUGCCUUGUUUCGAUUUCUUUUACCCGUUCACGCCUUGAAAGACCUAAAACCACUGUGUGAAUUCACUGUAGCGCCUUGGAGUCAGGAUUUUACUAAAGGCCUGGUGUAGAGGAGCUCUCGACUCACCCAGCACAAAAUAUAAGUUGCAUUGAUCCUACCUUACCUGUGCAUCUGCUUAUCCUGUGCCUUAAAACCUUUUGACUUCUUUGGGGAAAACAUCUGAACUGCAGGGAGUGGAUGAGGGAGGGGAGAGUUGAGAAGAGGGAAGUUGAGCUCUGGCUCGCUGGGUGGGCUUGGUGUGUAGGGAAGGACCAGUGAAAGUUGGCCAAGUGGCUAAAGAAACAUAUUGGGCUUUGACUCUUCAGGCAAUUAUGUCCCAGUGUCUGUGAAGCGUUUGCAGUGUUGUCUUCACGCCCCUUCCCAAUCUGCUGGUGGUUCAUCACCACAGAAAACCCUCAGGUUUGGGGGAGUUCUUCCCGAGAUCCUUUUAUAUCAGGACUCAAAGCAGAAGGGUCUGGGGUGGGGAAACAUUCCCAAGACCAAACCACAUCCCGUUGGCAGGACAAGUCAGGGGCUCUGUGCCUCGAGCCGUGAUCAAGGUGUGCAAUUAAGCCGCUGUCAGACCCUUGUGAAGACGAAUCAUUCAGAGUUUGUCAAAAAUGCUAUGUGUGUGUGUAUAUAUAUAUCUAAAUACUUGGCUAGGAUGUGAAGAAUUCUUGGCUAUCCCACAUCUAGCAAGGUGCUCGUGCUGGAGUCACCUUGAUGCCCCUCAUCUUGAUUAACCAGACCAACGUAGCUCUGCCGUCACUCUGUAGCGUGUCUUCAGCAUUUUGAGCUUUUUUUUUGGGGGGGGGUGGGAGGGAGGAGGGGUUUAAAUCUUGUAUUAUACUUUCUGAUGCUGUUGCUGUCAUCUGUGCCUAGCAAUAUUUCCAGUUGACCAAAUAUUCUAAUCUCUUUAUAUGCAAAAGAAAUAGUUUAAGUACCUUUUUUGUUUUAAAUAGAAUGAUAAGAUGGUAUCAGUGUAAUCUAAAUUUACUCCUUUGUGGUAUUACCCAUGUAUACUGUACUUUCCUUCUUUUAUUUUUGGGGUUUGGUUUGGGGGUUGGUUGGGUUUUUUUUUUCCCCUUUCCUCCUUUUUUUUCCUCCUUUGAUUGAAGCUUGUAGGGCAGGAAUUGAACCAGGCUGAGGUCGUGGCUGAGGAUGGGUAACGUAGCGAAAGCAAAGGGUGUGAGGUGACAAGCCACAAAGGAGCUUGUGAACAAGAACUAAAAGGACCCAGGUUAAAGAUGGUUUGUGGGGUGGGGUUUUUUUUCUGGUUUACCUUUUGAAGCCCAGAUCUAUAGGAAGGCUAAUCAAGAAGAAUGCAGCAGCUCAUGUUUUCCCAAGGAUACAACCAUUUCUGGGGGUGUUUUUCCUGGCUUACAGCUCUCUCCCAGGCCAUUCUGCCUUCUCUUUCCUUGUGACCCAACGUUGCCUUACAUUUCCCUCUAACCUGCAACCUGUUUGGAUGCAAAAUAACAAAACAGAGAGAGAAAUAAUUCUUCUUUUCAGGGUUUUUUGUUGGUUUUAUUUUUUUUCCUUCUGCAAAUUGUGGACCAAAGUUUUGUUUUGUUUUGUUUUUAGUUGUCUUAGUGUUGCAAGUUAUGGUUUCCUUGCCCAGUGUGUGGGAGCUCUUGGACUUGCCUGGCACUGAGCGUUUGGAAAAGUCUUACCUUUCCUUGGUUUCCUCCCUGAUCCUCCUGGGGAUGUGAGUCAGGCUGGACAAGGGUGUGAAGCCCGAGCAAAGAGGCUUCAGCUUGAGUUGCUGGCGUGAGCUGGGUGAUCCUCACCUGCCUUGGGCCUCGCUUGGUGGCCAAGUGUGACACCACCUUCACUGGCAGUGUUGCCCCAGUUUGAGCUGAGGGGGUUCAGCUGGUGAGUUAGAUGCUGAUGAGGGUUCCCUCAAGCUUGGAUGAGUGUUAACAAAGCCUUUAACCAACCCUCCUCUCCACCAAGCUCUGGCUGUCUCUGCCUGGAGUUGCCAGCUGGAGUUGGCUUGUUACCACCCUCCCCGAGGGAACAAUGGGGCAGCACUACCACGAGGACCCACGUGCAUCCCAAGGGGAACUGCUGGGGUUUAACCUUCAAGCCACCUCACCCAGGACACUGGGAAGAGGCUUUUACCGAGACAAAACCUUACCUGGUGGCCUCUGGUACCAGUUGAGUUGCCCUGGGCUGUCUGUGCUGUGUGAACGCCGGCCCAGGAGCUGAGGUGACCCCAGAACCCGGGCAGUGGUGGGUUUAUUUUCCUUUGGAUCCCUGUGUUUGCAUGUAAAGAAUGUGAGUAACAAAAGGGUGUACAUAUUUAUAAUUUUUUUAUACCUGUAAGACAUGAGGGGGCAGCAAAACCCAAGUUUUUUUUAUGGGGAAAACAGAUGUAUUGUAUAUUUUGAUAACAGCUAUUCCAGGUUCAGUAUUGUGGAAGGUGGGGUGGGCAGGGGUAAGCAUACAAAGACAUCACAGGUUCCAUUUGCCUCUUUCAAAGAAUGUUUGUAAUGCAAAAAGAAAUUAAAAACUAUUUUAUAACAAC